GUCAAGGUCGAAUCAAUAUUUGGAAAAAGCUGAAACCAUGGAAAAUAUAAAAGAAUCCAAAAACAUCUUUGCGUGAACUGUUGAUGCACAAAUAACUCGAGACAAUGGAUGAAGUGACACACACAAGAUUUAGACAUACCCAAAUAAGGACUCAAACAUCUCUUGCUAUAUAGCCCAGAAACCCCCAGGUCACUAUAUUCUACACGAUGGAUUUACUGAAAUGUGCCACAGAAUGGAACCUAUAGGUGAUAUGCCAGACAAUCUUAAAAACAAACCAGAGAUGGAUCUACAAGCUGGGAUCAAUCUAACGUUAUGUUCACCGCAUAUGACACUACGAUAUAUUAGUAUGUGAUGCCUAGCGACAAGUUGAUUGUCAGUGUUAAAAUAUGUCGUUGACUUGGAUCAAGAACUGGGCACCAGAGCCUUCAAAUCAACAACACGUGCCUGAAAAAAGUGAAUCCACGGCUGUCAUGGAAUCGCUUCUUAUGGAGAUGGACUUUCAAAUUAAAGAAAAAGAUCGUGACAAACGUGAAGCUGAAGUGGAGGAAAAACGUAAAAUAUCAGGUGGUGUCGAUUAUUCUUGGCUCAUAACACAGCCUCCUAAGGGAUACCAGCUUCCACAGUUGGAACAUCUUGAACUGGAGGAACUUUGCUCAAAAGUGAAACCUGCGGAAUGUGGUCAGGUGAUCACGACAUUUAGGAACAUGAUUGAAAAUGUGAGGGAACCCAAUGAGGUCCCCAAAGUUCUACGGGCUUGCGUGCUACAGGUGCUUGAACGUAGACCCAAAGAGGAGACAAUGUCAGAAUGGGUCACAAAACGUGCGACCAGCCUUACAAGUCUGCGGUUGAGACCUAGUACGAGAGUUGCCCCUGUCAGAUGCGACGAAGAUAUUGAGAUGCAAGCGCCAUCUCGUGUAAUGUCUGCUCCACAGGCAUGUACUUUCUCACGUGAACAAGGUGCCAGGGCUUUGAGUCUCCCAGAAUUUUCAGCUCAUUCAACCAAUGAAUAUGAACUCCCUGUUUAAACAGUGAAAACCAGCAUUUCAGUGUUGUCCAUUUGAUACAUUUUACUAUUGUAAGUAUUAUAUAGUACGAUCUAGGCCUACCAUAUUCUUCUCUAAACAUUGUA